GUCAAUGGCUUGGUGCGGCGUGCAAUGAUAAGCGAACAAACAUACCGGUUCCACUGGCCAUCACCAGCCCGACUCAGUCUCGCAAAAGGCACCGGGUAGAACACACAUCAUUCUACGAAGAUACUCAAACAAAUUAAACAUCAUGGGUUUGGACAUCAAGUCAGUAUUGGUGGCGGAUGGUGUCGGUGCCAACUGCACGGAAAUCUUGCAGUCCCACGGAAUCGCCGUCACCAAUAGACCCAAGAUCUCCAAGGAUGAACUCCUCAAAGAAAUACCAAACUAUGAAGCUCUAGUGGUGAGAUCAGCCUCCCAAGUAACCAAGGAAGUCCUGGAUGCCGGCAAAAAGCUGAAGGUUGUUGGCAGAGCCGGCGCCGGGGUGGACAACAUCGACGUUGACGCCGCAGGGAAGAAAGGUGUCGGUGUCAUCAACGCCCCGGGAGCCAAUGCAAUGAGCGCUUGCGAGCUGACAUGCGCACUGGCCAUGUCUCUUGCGCGCCACGUAGCUCCAGCUGCCGCCAGCAUGAAAGAAGGUCGCUGGGACCGCCCCAAGUUCACCGGCACAGAGCUCUAUGGGAAGACCCUAGCUGUUGUUGGCCUUGGAAGGGUGGGGAGAGAGGUCGCAGUCAGGAUGAACGCUUUCGGAAUGAAGAUCCUAGGCUUUGACCCGUUCGUUUCGGCCGAGCAGUGCAAAGAGUUCUUCGCCACGAAGUUGGAGUUAGAUCAAAUUUGGCCAUUAGCCGACUACAUCACCCUACAUACGCCAUUAAUUGAAUCCACUAGAAAUCUCAUUAACGCUGACGUACUAAAGCGAUGCAAGAAAGGAGUUAAAAUCAUCAACGUUGGCAGAGGAGGCCUCAUCAAUGAGAAAGACCUCCUUGAUGCCCUCAAUACUGGACACGUUAGCGGAGCAGCCCUGGACGUGUUUGAACAAGAACCCCCCACGGACCCCCUGACCCUGCAGGUCAUCCAACAUCCUUCCGUGCUCGCCACGCCGCAUUUAGGUGCGUCAACGAAAGAGGCCCAAGUGCGAGUGGGGCAGGAGAUCGCGGAACAGCUGGUCAACCUGGUGAAGCCUGGUACAUACUCCACACCCCUUGCAGAGGUCACCAGAGUUCUUAAGAAGUGAAGAAACAAUGAACUUUUUUAUGUGCAGUGAGAGCAUAGAAAUUUGACUUCGGUAAUCACUUCUUAUUUGUGAGAUUUAUAUGUCGUAACAAGGAGGUAAUAUACUUUUUGGAGGUAACGGGCGUAUGUUCGAAUCAUAAAGUUACUAUAAAAGAUCUUGAAGGUUAUAAAAAAGUAUUUAAAUACAAAUUGUACCAAUCAGGUGUUUUGAUACGCACCUCAAUAAGACUAUUUGAAAUUGUACAUGGUUAUACUACAAAAUAAUAUGUAAACGGGGGCGGUCAAUUUAUAUGCUUCUCACUGUACCUACGUACAAAACUAUUGAAUGAAGUGUUUGAGGAAUUGUUAGUUUUUAAUAUCUUUUGGA